UCAUGUCAUUCAAUCAAUCGUUUCUUUGCCCAUUGUCGGUCGUCACUGAAAAAUAAUUUUAUUUUGGCGCCGUUUGUAACCGGCUUUUGUACUAUUUUUCGAAUUUAUCAUUUCACGGUCACUAAAUCUAAGUUAAGUUAAAACUAAAAGUGAUAAAAUGGCCGCAAACGGCGUAAAAACAUCGGAGGACGCCGAUAUGGCGGAGUGCGACGGAGAAAAAGUUGUGACAAUGAUGGACGUCUUAAAAGAACAAGAAGACUUUGAGGAGGACGCUAACGCAGUACUCGGGGCCUCCGAUGAUAAAAACUGCACAUAUUCCAAGGGAUAUGUGAAAAGGCAGGCCAUCUAUGCAUGCCUCACCUGUUGCCCUGAAGCCACAUCUGACCCCAUGAAGAGAGCAGGAGUAUGCUUGGCCUGCAGCCUGGCUUGUCACGAGAAUCAUGAGCUGGUGGAGCUCUACACCAAGAGGAACUUCCGCUGUGACUGCGGCAACCCUAAGUUCACGCAACCCUGCCAAUUCACCCCAAACAAGACAGAUUUGAACUAUGAGAAUAAGUACAACCAAAAUUUUAGUGGAGUCUACUGCACGUGUCGCCGACCCUACCCUGACCCUGAAGCUACUGAGGAAGAGGAAAUGCUCCAAUGCAUUGUGUGUGAGGACUGGCUACAUACAAACCACUUAGAAGCAACAGUGCCUCACAAUGAUCAAUAUGCUGAAAUGAUCUGUAAAGCUUGCAUGGAAGAUAAUGACUUUCUCCAUGACUAUAGUGACCUUGUGGUCAAUGUUGCAGACAAAGAAAUUAUUGUAACUGAUCCUGAUUUUGACUUUUCUAGUAUUAUUAAGAACAAAAUAAGUAAAGAAGAAAUACAAGAGAAAGUAACUAAUGGUAGUACUGAAACUGAAGCUGGCAAGGAAGCCACUGAAAAUGCCUCUGACAGUAUUAAUAGUUCUGAGGAGAAAAAGAAUGACGAAACAUCAACAGAUGUUGAUAUGACAGAAGCUAAACUAGAAGGUGGAGACAGUGCCUCUAAGGAGGAACAAAGCACUGAAGGGGGAGACACAAAUCCAGAUAGUGCCACAUCUACUACUGAAAAAACUGAGGACCAAGACAAUAUAAAUACUGAACCAGAGGAACAAACUGAGAAUAAAGAAAAAACUGAAUCUUCUGAAAAAGAACAAGGAACUGAAGAUGCCGAGUCUAUUAGCAAAGAGGAAGAAAAUAAAAAGACAGAAGAUAAUGCUGCAGUGGCAGAAGGUACUGGCAUGGAGCCUGUAGAGUCUACAGUUGCGGAAGCAACAGCAGAAAGCAGUGGGGAAGCAGCUACUUCUACAAGUGAUGAUACAGAUAAAAUUGAUACAACUGAAGGAAUCUCAACGAAAACAAAUGAACAAAUUAAAACUGAAGUAACCAAUGAAACCUUGAACAAAGAAAAUGACCCACCAACACCAAAUAAACGAAAACUCUCUACUGAAGAAGCUGAAGAAGAUAAGUCCCCUAAAAGGCCAAAACUAGAUGCAAAACCUUGUAUAAGGCCCAGAGGUGUUAAGAGAGUUUACAAAGGAGCCACCUUUUGGCCGGGGAACUUACGUCAAAAACUUUGCACCUGCGGCGAAUGCGUCGCCAUGUAUAAGGAUUUAGCUGUGCUAUUCUUAACUGACCCUGAUGAUACUGUUACUGCAUAUGAGGCUUUAGGCAAAGCCAAUAGUGACGGUGCACCAUCCUCACAGUAUGAAAAAGGUCUUCAAGCCCUCUCAUCUCUUGACAGGGUACAACAAAUAAAUGCAAUGACUGAAUACAAUAAAAUGAGAGAUAAACUCCUUGACUUCCUAAAAAGCUUCAAAGACAGAAAAGAAAUUGUCAAAGAGGAGGAUAUCAAAGCAUUCUUUGCUGGAAUGAAACCCAAACGCGAGCCCGACGGCGUGUAUUUCUGUCGGUAAACUUAAUUAUAAGCCAAAAACCUAUACCUAUUUGUAUUUUAAAUUUUGUAAGUGACUGACACAUUCCCAGUGCUUAUAAAAUGAUAACUGUUAAUUUUCAAAGCUUGAUAAUUGAAAAUGAUUACAUUUUAAUUAAGUACAA